AUGUGGCAACUACAGUGCCACCCGCCAUGGCAGCAGCAGAGCAUCUCAUGGCCCACCCCAUUGCCUUGUGGUUCCGCUCCCGCUACCUCCACCACUCCGCCUAGCUUAGCGACCGUCGCGGGGAGCGUCGCAGGAACGUCGCCGCCGGUUAUUUCUACGCCGUCGCUGUCGUCGUCGUCACACAGGAUUCUCCAUCGCCAGGCGUCGUCGCCAGGCGUUUGCCCGCAGCGGAAUGCGAGUCUGUCGCAGGCGCCGUGCUUCUUGUCGCAGUCGCCGGGUUUCCUGUCGCAGGCGUCGGGAAGCGGGUCGGCGCUGCUCGCAGGGCACAUGAAGAAGCGGCAAAACGUGCGGGAGCAGCAGCAGCAGCAACAGCAGCAACAGCAACAACAGCAACAACAGCAACAGCAGCAAGUUCCGGCAGUGGAGGAUUCGUUAAAGGAGCCCGUGUUGGCGCCGCUCAAAACGGAGCAAGACAUUCUCCUCGCGCACUACGUCCCUGUUUACGUCAUGCUGCCGCUUGACACCGUGACGCGCGACAACGUACUGGCGCACACGGAGCGCCUGGUCUGCAAUCUCCGCGCGCUGCGCGCGGCGGGCGUGGACGGCGUGAUGGUCGACGUGUGGUGGGGCGUCGUCGAGUCCGCCGGGCCGCGCCAGUACGACUGGUCCGCGUACCGCGCGCUCUUCUGCCACAUCAGCGCGGCGGGACUAAAGAUUCAGGCCGUGAUGUCGUUCCACCAGUGCGGCGGGAACACGGGCGACAGCUGCUUCGUGCCGCUGCCGCAGUGGGUGCUGGACGAAGGUGACCGUUGCCCGGAUAUUUUCUUCACGAACCGCGACGGGCUGCGGAACCGCGAGUACCUGAGCUUCGGCGUGGACGACGAGCCGGUUUUGGCGGGGCGCACGGGCGUGCAGGUAUACACGGACUUCAUGCGCUCGUUCCGCGCGCACUUCCAGCACUUCCUGCACUCGGGCAUCGUCACCGAGGUCGAGGUGGGGCUGGGGCCGGCUGGCGAGCUGCGCUACCCCUCCUACCCCGAGACGCACGGCUGGCGCUUCCCUGGGAUUGGCGAGUUCCAGUGCUACGACAAGUUUCUCCUAGCACAACUGAGCUACGCGGCGCAGGAGGCGGGGCAGUACCAGUGGGGGUACUCGGGGCCACACGACGCAGGGCGGUACAACGACUGGCCGCAGGCGACGGGGUUCUUUGGCGCGCACGGGUCCUUCGCCACGGACUACGGGCGCUUCUUCCUCGAGUGGUACUCCUCCGUGCUGCUCAAACACGGAGAUGCUAUCCUGGAAGCGGCUACCGAUGUGUUUGUCGGCCUGCCGAUCAAGCUUGCUGCGAAGGUGGCAGGCGUGCACUGGUGGUACAACUCGCACAACCAUGCAGCGGAGCUAGCAGCGGGGUAUUACAACCUGCGGGAGCGAGACGGGUAUCGCCCCAUCGCGCUCAUGCUGGCCCGCCACGGCGCCAUGCUCAACUUCACGUGCGCUGAGAUGCGCAACCACGAGCAGUACUGGGAGGCGCGCUGUGGUCCCGAGGGGCUCGUGCAACAGGUGCUGGACGCGGGGUGGCAGGAGGGCCUGGAGGUAGCGUGUGAGAACGCCCUACCACGCUACGACGUGGCAGCGUUUGACCAGAUCAUCCACAACGCGCGGCCGGACGGCAUCAACUGGAGCGGGCGGCCCAAGCGGCGCAUCUCCAGCUUUACCUUCCUGCGCCUGGGCCCCGACCUGCUGCGCGAGAGGAACUGGGCCGAGUUUGUGCGCUUCGUGCGCCGCAUGCACGUCGGGCUGGAUCGGCAUCCCGAGCCUGAACAAUACUUCAACCCACGCAAGCUGGUUCGGCGGUCGCGGCCCAAGCAGGCCGUGCCUCAGGACCCACCUCCUGCCCCUGUGGCGUCCGUGCCCCUGCACUCCAGCUCGCUGCCUCUCUCCCGCCCACUGCUGCUCAGCCCUUCUUCUCCCCUGAUGCUCCUGGCGGUGGCCUGGGUGCUGAGAUGGAGGCACAGGGGCAGGGGCAGGCGGAGCAGGGUGGUGUUUCCCCAGGGGAUCAGCAACAGCAGCAGCAGCAACAGCAGCAACAACGGCCGGGUUUCUGGUUUGGUCAGGGGAGAGGACGAGGCAGCAGCGGGGAGCGGGGAGGAGAGAGUGAAGGGGAGGAGGCGAGAGGCAUGGAGAGGGAGAACCCUGUGCAGUGCAGGGAGGGAGAAGAGUUGGAGUGCUGCCAAGACGAUAGGACCGGCGCAGGCGCAGGGGCAGGUGCGGCAGAGGAAGGAGAGAGGAGAGACAGGGCUAGUGGUAUGGCUGUAA